AUGGCACGGGAUGAGCAGUGCAGGGAGGAGCUCAGUUAUGACCGGAUGCCCACCCUGGAGCGGGGAAGGCCGGAGGCCGGGAGCUACACCUCAGACGCCAAGCCCAACGACCUUCAGCUGUCGACAAGGCUGCCUCCAUGCUUCAGUCACAAGACAUGGGUUCUCUCUGUGUUGAUGGGGAGCUGUCUGCUUGUGACUUCGGGGUUUUCGCUUUAUCUGGGAAAUGUGUUUCCUUCCGAAAUGGAUUACUUACGUUGUGCUGCAGGAUCGUGCCUUCCCUCGGCAAUUGUGAGCUUUGCUGUUUCAAGGAGAAACAUCAAUGCGAUCCCUAACUUUCAGAUCCUGUUUGUGUCCACGUUUGCCAUCACCACUACGUGUUUAAUCUGGUUUGGAUGCAAACUGGUUGUGAACCCCUCAGCAAUAGACAUAAAUUUUAAUCUGGUUCUUCUCCUUCUGUUGGAGCUUUUCACGGCAGCCACGGUGAUCGUCUCAGCACGGUCGAGCGAGGCGUAUUGUAAGCAGAAGGGUUCCAUGUCAGAUAGCACCAACAUUUUGUAUGAAGUGGCAUUUCCUGCUCGGGUCCUGAAAUCCUAUUCAGUCAUCGAGGUGAUUGCUGGCGUCUCUGCCGUCCUGGGUGGGGUCAUCGCUCUGAACGUGGAUGAUGCUGUCUCGGGACCACACCUCUCCGUGACGUUCUUUUGGAUCUUAGUGGCCUGUUUUCCAAGCGCCAUUGCCAGUCACGUCACAGCUGAGUGUCCAAGCAAGUGUCUGGUGGAGGUGCUGAUUGCCAUCUGCAGCCUCACGUCCCCGCUGCUGUUCACUGCCUCUGGGUACCUGUCGUUCAGCAUCAUGAGAAUCCUGGAGAUCUUCAAAGACUACCCGCCAGCCAUCAAGCAAUCCUACGACGUGCUGCGGUUGCUUCUGAUGCUGCAGCUGCUGCUGCAAGCCGGCCUCAACACUGGCACCGUCAUCCAGUGCGUGAGCUUCAAGCUGGGCGCGUCCUGGGAUGCUGCGCAGACCGGCCAGCAGGAGCGCCCAGCAGGGGAGGCUGAGAAAAGCUCUCGAGUUAACAGAGCUUUCCCACCUGCCUCCUGCACUCGGGUGGCCCCCGGAAGAAAUAACACUUUGCCUGUUUGGCCACAGGUAUCCAGAAGCCCCCUGAAGGAGUUCGACAAGGAGAAAGCGUGGAGGGCCGUCGUGGUGCAGAUGGCCCAGUGACCGUGGGGCGGGGAGACCGAGGCAGGAGCAGGGCCCCUGCCUGGCUAGUUGUCUUGAAGCUACCACUUUCUAACUUGCCCUUCACCUUCGUCCAGGCCAGGCUGCAAGGUGGAGUCUUCAUUUCUUUUAGUAGCUUAGUUGUUAAAUAGGCAAGUGUUGACCAUUUUGUGCUUAGGAGUCUUUCAGUUCCUCACCCCCAAGGCGCCACCGCACGCACCGUGGUGUGGGGCUCUCAGGUGAGGAAGGGGCUUGUGCUGGAGCCAGACCCUCCCGGCACCGACGCCUAGGCAGGCCUUGCACGUGCGGCCAGCCGCCCGUCUGCUCCUUCUUCACCUCGCUGGUUUCCCGGGCCCAUUCUUGUCGAGCACUUACCUUAAGCAGUCGACAGCCGGGCUGUGGAUGGCCCCACGUGGGUCUUACCGACUCGGGCGUUUCUCUCUGGAGACGUGUCUGCCAAGCACCGUCUCUGACCACGGAGCAGAGCUGUGUGGGGAGCCCCUUCUCCGCAGGACCGUGGUCACAGGCAGCCCCCACACCCAUGGCUGUGCCUGUGUGGCGCUCACGUGCCCGAACUUCUGCCCUCUGUCUUAGACCGAGCCGUUCCAGAAGGACCCUGCCCACUCACUGGUGCCGGUGAUGUCCGUGUCAUGUGUGGUAUGCAGAGCCCAGGUCAGCAGGGGCUGUCUGCACUUGUGCUGGGUGGUACCCAGCUCCUGAGCCCUUUUGUCAACACCCACACUAAGAGUGACCCUGGCCACUGUGACAGCUCAGUGUUCUUUGGGGUGGGGCCAAAGGUAGAAACUUGGGCCACGUUUCUGGGUCUCAUUGGCUUUGGUGAUGCAGGUGGGGCUGGGCCCCCUACCUCCUCUCAUGGGUUCUGCUGGCACUCCCAUUACCAUUCUCAAGACGUGAGACAGAUGCCCCCCAGAACCCUCAUGGGGGUCAUCACUGGGCAUUCUCCAGCUCCCUCCAUUUCCUGACCUCACUUACCUGAGGUCCAGCCCAGGCCACGGGUCUCUUCCAUCUGUCACUGCCCCUCCUGCCAGACAGCGAAGACGGUUUGGGUGUGAGAAUAACAUUUGCUUCAGUUAAAAUCACCGCCAAGAAUUGUGUGCUGUCUCCUUGUCCCCUGAGUAUACCUGGAAUUUUCUGGAAGAACGAUUAGCUUUUCUCAGUUGACAUGGGCACUGGUAAGUCUCCAGUGGGCGGGGAGCACCUUCUGAAAAUGGAAACGUUCAUGGUUUCAGGAACUGUCUUGGGGCCAGUAUCUGCAUUCACAAGGCUGCACGUGCAAGUGGUUGUGUCUGCUUCACGUGAGGAGCUCAGCGGUUGUGCGGGAAGGUGCUGACGUUUGCUCUUUCCUGUAGCUUGUUCGUGAGGAUUGGCGGGGGCUGACUGGGUAUAGACCUGGGGGGGGGGUGGGAUUCAGGGAUCCUCCCCGGUUUCUCAUUGCUCAGCACGAGUGACUGGCUGCCAGGGUGUCUUCACAGCAUUCACGGCAGGUUGGGUCGGGAAGAAGGCAGAAGAGACAUGGGAAAGGGGGAGAGUGCCAGCCGAGGAGGCAUUGUCCUCAGCCAGCCAGCCCCUGUCUGCUGUCCUUGGCCAUGUCCCCAAAUAAGCAAAAGCAGGGGAGACGGCUCUUUCCUGCACACGUGCAGGCCCCCCGGCCACAGUCGAGGUCACCUCCCCUUCCUACAGCUCCCAGGCGAGGAGGCCAGUGGGGGGAUCUGCUCAGGAGCCUGGGACGGGAGCCACGGAGACAGCACAGGCCACUCUGAUAUUUCCUUGGAUGUCCCAGAAGUCUGAGUCUUAGAGCUGGAAUUAGGCACCUAGGGCUUGGUACUGGCUUGCACUUUAUUUCAGAUAGAGCUUGAGAAAUCCAGACAAAUGGGGUUUUAAAAAUGUACGAUUCUUUUUCUGUCAAUUUACAUUUGUUUGAUAUAGUUUAAUGACUCCUGAAUAAAUGCUAACA